AUGAUCGAACUAAAAAAUGUUUCCAAAGUCGUGCGCUCCGGCGCAGACGAUCUGACGAUUCUCGACGAUGUUUCGUUUGCUAUUCCCGACGGCGAAUUUGUCGCCGUCACAGGCGCAUCAGGCAGCGGAAAAUCAACGCUUCUCGGGCUUAUUGCAGGACUCGACGCGCCGAGCAACGGCGCAAUUUUAAUCGACAACGCAGAUGUGACAAAGAUGAGCGAAGACGAACUCGCAACUUUACGAAGCGAAAAAGUCGGCUUCGUUUUUCAAUCUUUUCACUUGAUUCCGUCGCUUACUGCGUUUGAAAACGUGAUGAUCCCGAUGGAAAUUUUGGGAUUGAAAGAUGCCAAAUCACGCGCCGCCGAACUGCUCGCGCAGGUUGAUCUGACGAAUCGCGGACAUCAUUACCCGACCGAACUUUCCGGCGGCGAACAACAGCGCAUCGCCAUCGCCCGCGCCUUUUCAAAUCAGCCGAAAAUCCUGCUCGCCGACGAACCGACCGGAAAUCUCGAUUCAAAAAACGGCGCGCAUAUUUUCGAGUUGAUGACCGAUCUGCACAAACAAAAUAACGUCACGCUCGUCCUCGUCACGCACGAUCAAAACUUAGCGGAAAUGGCGCAACGGCAAAUCAUUCUGAAAGACGGCAGACUU